ACACGUAUAAUCAAUAGAACCAAAUCCGCCGAGGAACCAAAUCUGCAAACAUCAAGCCGCGUCAAACCCGGCGGAUAUGGUUCCGAUUAAAAACGAUAUCGGCCAUUUAGAACGAUAUCUGCCGGCGGAUACGGUAUCCGCCGGUGGAACCAAAUCCGCCGCUACACCGGCCGGGAGGAGAUAUAAUAGAUAGACGGAGCUCUCAAAAUACUGCAUUGGCGACCAUGUCAAAAGCACAGACGACGAUCUCGCGUUUCUUUGCAAAAAAGUCUGCCAAGAAAAGCGGUGACACAUCGAACUUGAAUCGGCAUGAUAAUUUACAGUGCACAUUAUCAGGCGAUACGUUCCCAAGAAAGCGAUGUCGGUCUUUCGGGGAGGAUGAACACUUCCACCAGAAAUCUCCUAAACAGCUUAAAUUAGAUGGCAAAAUCCUCUGUAAUUCAGAUUCCCAAUAUGGUAUUCCUCCACUUUCAGCCGGUACCCUUAAGAAGCUGCAUGCUUUUGCCUUUUCUAGCCAAGCAGAGUCAGAAAGCAAUGAAAUAUAUCAGAAUACCAGCAAAACCCCUUCAUCAUCUUCACCUGCAAAUGCUUCAAACUUUCCAAGCAUUACUGAAGAGACAAAAGGCUCACGGUCAUCCCAAGAUUCAAAUUCAGAAACAAUCAAAGAAGAAUCUUUGGCAUCAAACCUUAGACCCUCAGUGGACUGUGAGUGUGGUACUCCAGCAAGUAUUGCUAAAGUCUCUCAGUGUGCUGAAUCACCCAGAGUUAAAGCUCUUGAGAACAACUCCCACUCAGGUAGUGCAACAACCUCGGUAUCUGCUAGGAUGAUGUCACCUGGAUCAUCAGAUAAUGUCUUUGGUAAAAAUGCAAGAGUAAAGAAGUCACAGUAUACCCCUCUUGAGCAGCAGUUCAUGAAGAUCAAGGAGAACUAUGCAGAUUCUCUCCUUCUCGUGGAAUGUGGAUAUCGAUAUCGUUUCUUUGGACAAGAUGCAGAGAUUGCAGCCAAAGAAUUGAACAUCUUUUGUCAUCAUGAUCACAACUACAUGACAGCCAGCAUACCGACACAUCGUCUCUUUGUCCAUGUCCGUCGAUUGGUUGCCAAGGGAUACAAAGUCGGUGUGGUCAAACAGAUGGAAACUGCUGCCCUUAAAGCUGCCAGUGAUAACAAGGGUCAACCAUUUGAGAGGAAACUGACCGCUCUCUACACCAAGUCAACAUUGAUUGGUGAAGAUCUGGAGCCAUCUUUUCAGACUGAGGAGUAUACAAGCGAUCAGAUCAUUUUCUCAUCAUCACCUACAAGUUAUCUCCUCUGUGUAUGUGAGUUCUCCGACAAAGAAGCCAAGAGCACUAAGAAUGAUCAAAUACAGUUUGGACUUGCAGCAGUUCAACCAGCUACAGGAGAUGUCAUCUAUGAUUGUUUCCAUGAUAACAUUAAUCUCAGUGAGCUUGAUACCAGACUGCACCACAUUCAGCCAGUAGAACUUCUCCUACCAGAAACAUUGUCAGAUAGAACGGAGAAACUUAUCAAGGAUUUUAGAAUGAGCUGUCUGACUGAAGAUUCCAUCAGAAUAGAACGAUUACCAGCGGAUGUUUUCCAGUUUACCAAGGCAGUAGAGGAAGUCUCAUCUUUUUAUUGCAACCAGACUAAUACCCCCAAUAAGGCUACAGUACUUCAGACUGUACUGAGUUUACCAAAGCCUGUGAUCUGUUGUAUAGCUGCUUUAGUGAAAUACUUAGCGGAAUUCAGUCUUCAUAGGAUUCUGCAAGUAGCAAGUAAUAUGAGAGCCUUCACCACUUCACAUGAUGCACUGAGAUUAGAUGCGUGUGCUUUGAGGAACCUAGAAAUAUUCAAUAAUCAUGUUGAUGGCAGUGAAAAGGGUUCUCUACUCUGGGUGCUAAACCACACCAAGACGCAGUAUGGAAAAAGACAAUUCAUUCAGUGGUUAUCUCAACCUCUUACAGAUAUACAGGGGAUUGAAUGCAGACUUGAUGCUGUAAGUGAACUACUAGAAUCUGAUUAUCCAUCACUAAACAAACUAUAUCAAGUUCUAUCAAGAUCUCCAGAUGUAGAAAGAGGUUUAUCUUCCAUCUUUCACAAAAAGUGUUCAGCCUCCCAGUUUGUGAUCGUGACAAGAUCACUGUCUAGAUUAAGCCUGGCUGUAAAGACUGUACAUGAGACCAUUAACAUCAAAUCAGGUCUUCUCAAAGAUAUCUUCACUCGGGUUCCAUCUCUCCUAGAAGGAAUUGAAUCUUUCUUAGUUGCCAUCAAUGAAACAGCUGUCAAGGAUGCAGAUAAAACCAAGCUUUUUGCUGACCCAUCUCAAUUCCCAGCUGUUCACAAAUGCAUGCAGGAGAUAGAAAUAGUCAAGAAUGAGAUGAUGGAGCAUAAGAAGAGAUUACGGAAAGAAGUUACCAUGCCAACCGCUGAGUUUGUGUCAGUUUCAGGAAAUGAGUAUAUGAUUGAAAUAAAAAAGAGUCAAGUGAAGAAAGUACCCAAAGACUGGCUUCAAAUCAGUAGUACCAAGCAAGUAUCAAGAUACCGACCACCAUACAUUGAAGAAAGUUUCAAACGUCUUUGUCAACUAAGAGAGCAGCUAGCAGCAGAAUGCCAGAAUGCUUGGUUAGAAUUCUUAGAGGACUUUGGUGAGAAAUAUUCCUCAUAUCGCAGAGCAGUACAGUAUCUAGCGCAAUUUGAUUGUCUUCUUUCCAUGGCAACGGUUUCUAAGCAAGAAGGAUAUUGCAGGCCAGUCAUCCAUGAAGCCCCCUGCAAAAUUGAAAUUAAAGGUGGGCGUCAUCCCAUAGUCAGCACACUGAAAGCUGAGCAGUAUGUUCAUAAUGAUACUUCCAUUAAUGUUGAUGGAUUACGUUGUAUGAUCAUCACUGGUCCUAACAUGGGAGGGAAGAGCUGUUAUAUCAAACAGAUAGCACUCAUUACUAUCAUGGCACAGCUUGGUUGUUAUGUUCCUGCUGAGAAUGCAUCUAUAGGUGCCAUAGAUGCUAUAUAUGCCAGAAUGGGAGCUUCUGACAAUAUAUUCAAAAAUCAAAGUACCUUCAUGUCUGAACUUCAGGAAGCAUCAAACAUCAUGGCCAAGGCCACAUCUAGAAGUCUGGUUAUCAUGGAUGAACUAGGUAGGGGGACCAGUACACAUGAUGGUAGUGCUAUUGCCUUUGCUACUGCAAGACAUCUUAUCAAUGAGGUGAAAUGCUUGACUCUGUUUGUGACUCACUACCAACCUCUUGCUGAAUUGAGUGAUCACUUCCCUUCCCAUGUUGGCAACUAUCACAUGUCCUUUCUCUUGCAUGAUAGACAAGAUGAUGCUGGAUAUCAUGUAGAGAGGUUAACCUUCCUUUAUCAGCUGGUUGAAGGUGUAGCAUCUUGUAGCUAUGGACUCAAUGUUGCUAGGCUGGCAGGUAUACCGGACACCAUCUUAUACAAGGCAUCAAGCAAGUCACGUGACCUUGAAAAGUCUGUUACUAUGAUUAACGCUGCCAAUGAUUUCACUGUGCUGUGGAAGAAAAUGCGAUCCGAUGUUGAUGGACUGGGUGAUCUAAAACAUCUCUUAGCUUUAUAAUUAACAACCCUCAUGGGAACUUCAGCAGGACAAUCUGGAUGUUUGGUAUUUAUUGUAACAAGAAAAACAGAAAAAUAGUCUGAAGACUGUAAAACCAGUGUACAUGAAUGUAACAGGAGAGUACAAUAAUCAUAAGAUUAUUAUAAACAAAAUAAGAUGUUAAAUCAGUUACUUAUUAAACAUGAAAGAUGUACGAGGAAAAGUGAAAGAAAAAUUUAGAAAGUAAUAUGUUGAUCAAUGAAGCACGUACAAACAUCUAAAAGUGUGAUAAUGUUAAUUUGAACAUAAGGUAAUGUGGAAACCAGUCAAAAGAGUAAUAGGUUGGAGCGGUGACAGAUAGAAAGAUGCAGAUAAAUGGAUAUUAGAAAAAAUAAUAAUACCAGCUGGUUCGGAAGCAUAAGAUAUUACAAACAUUAUUAGGUAAGAUAUGGCGUUAACUAAUUAAAAUAUUGCAGAACAAUAAGUCACAAAGAGUUCAAUAUUCAAAUUUAACAAGUCUGCUGUUUUAUUCAUUUGUUCAUAUAGUUCAAAAUAUGCAGAUCAAUGGAUUUCAAAGAAAAAAUACAAGUUCAGAAACAUUGCGAGUAUAAUUAAGUAAAACAGUCACAGUAACUAAGUAAAAUAUUGUACAAGUCACAGUGACUUCAUUAUUUGCUUCAUUUAUUAGAAGGUGAGUAAGAAAAGAAAAGGGAAAAUUAUUCAAAAAGGUUAAAAAAAGGCAAGAGGAAAGUGAAAAAUGUUAACCAUAAAUCGGCCGCACAAAUUUUUUUUACUGUGCCACUCGCUGACUUUUUACUUUUAAGUCUCGCGCAACUUUUGAGAUCAAAUUAUAACAUGAGCCAACAUCCUAGCAUAAUCGUUUGUGCAUGGCAGAUUACAGCCAAUAAAUACUGAGGCAUGUCAGAAAUUAUUUGCGCAGAAACUCGCGUGUGAAUCUGAAUCCACUCUAAUUUCAGGAAUCAGAGAUAUUUAACAAUGAAUACUAAAGAAAUGCUAAUGAGCCAAUCGUCAAAUAAGCACGGUCGCCGUAUCACAAACCAAUCUUGUUCAACUCUUCUGCGCAACCUGAUUUUGAUGUUAAAAUUUCAAAUUCAUCUUGCUCAUUAAUGUGUUACGUGUUCGUCUCUUAUUACAUGUAGGUAUCAAAAUAUAGAAGAAUAAUUUAAUUGUAUGAUUAUGUAAAUGAAAUAUCAUGAUUUAUUUUCCUUUGAAGAAAUAAAGACAUGGGAAUCUCGAUUGCCUGUUUUCUUGGAUGCACUGUAUAAUUCUAUAAAUCCAGCUAUGUACAGUGCUUCCCAGAAAAAAAGAAGACCAGGAAUCCAUCCCAUGUCUUUAUUCUUCAAAUGCAAAUGAUUAUGAUAUUUCAUUUACAUGAUCAUAUGAUUCAAUUAUUCCUCUUUAUAGGGGUCGAACACUUCACGUAUUAAUGAGCUUCACGAGUUUGAAAUUUUAAUGUCAAAAUCAGGUUGCGCAGAAAAAAUUGGACAGGAUUGGUUCAUGAUACAACCAUCUGCUUAUUCGACAAUUGGCUCAUUAGUAUUUCUUUUGUAUUCUUUAUUAAGAUUCUCUCACUGAUUCCUCAAAUGAGUGUGGAUUCAGAUUCACACGUGAGUUUCUUCGCAAAUAAUUUCUGACAUGCCUCAGAAUUUAUUGGCUGUAAUCUGCCAUGCAUGAAUGAUUUGCUAGGAUGUUAGUCUUGCCAUGAGUAUCAAAUUUAUAGUAAAAACAUUUUGUGAAAUCUUUCCCUGAAAACGGGUUUCCUUUUUGUGGGACGUGCUGUACAUAUCAAAUGUAAAUCAAACAAGAUGGGUAACAUUUUCAGAAGGAUCUUGUAGUUGUAUCCCAAGACUACUGAGUGAACCAUUGGCCGAAUAAACGUCAUUGUAAAGGACAGGUUAUUUUCAAUUAUAUUUCCUUUUUUUGGUUUUCGUAUGUACACAACUAUUAAUUGGCCUUCCUUCUUUUCUUCCAAUCCUUGGUUUUAAAAAUAAGUAUAAUCUUUGCAAAUUUAGACAUUCUAUAGGUGUUGUUCCUUUAAUCCAUGUCUCUGUCAAUCAAAAGUAUCAAUUUAUUUUUAGGUACAACAAUUACAAGUUUAUUAUCGAUUGACCUCUAUCAUUCAACAAACAAACCAUGUAAAGUCAUAAUGAAAAUUUUUGUUCGCCAGUACAAUUUUCUCAAGAUUGUAAAUGUCUCCAUUUCUUAUCUUAAAAUGUUGGGUAUACUUUUUUUGUUGAAUCAAAACUGGUAUAGGAAGUUCAAAUGGAAGCUGUGAAGACAUUGAUAAUAUACUGUGCUUCAAAGUUAAUUUCUUGCGACCUUUAGAUCCACGAUUAGUUUUACAAAAGCUCCUUGGUUUUACACUUUAACAAGCUCAUGGAUCCUUCUCCAAACAUCAGAGUUUAGACGAAAAGUGGGGACAGUUGAAAAGUCUUUGUUCUGACUUUAACAAGUAAUAACUUGUUAAAGGUAGGAUGGUUGAUGUCAUGAAUGUAUUCAGUACUAGAACGGUUGAUAAUAAUAUAUUGAUGAAGCGAGUUGAUGUCAUACAUUCACUUUUUAUCUACAUGUUUUGCUUUUACUAUUUAUAAGUAUCUGCAUGUAAUCAGAUUAUCUGAUCUUUUGAAGGAUCAGAUUAUCUUCAUGAAAAAUAAUAAAGUGAAUAAAGUGCAUAAUAA